AUGUCUGGUUGUGGUGGCUUGCUUAGUGAUGAGAAGGGUGGGUUGGUGAAGGGUUUUAUAAAGAAGCUUGGAAAUUGUUCCACUAUCCUAGCUGAAUUGUGUGCCAUUUUUUGGGGGUUGAAAUUGGCUAAUGAAAUGGGUUUUAAGAAGAUAAUUGUGGAAGGGGAUUCAACAUCUGUUAUCAGCAUGUUGAAGAAUAUGGAGAAUCAAUGGGAGGCUUUUGGCUCCUUGCUACUACUACUUCAGAAGGAAAUAUGUGCUAAUUGUCAACUAUACUUUCAACAUAACUACAAGGAUGGUAACCAAUGUGCUGAUUGCUGA